GCCGGGCCCCCGUGAGGUGCGGAGGGGCGGGAGGGAGGCACGGCCGGGCCCCCGUGAGGUGCGGAGGGGCGGCAGGCACGGCCGGGCCCCCGCGAGGUGCGGAGGGGCGGCAGGCACGGCCCGCGCCGCCGCCAUGGCCCUGCCGGAGUGGCACAUCGCCGUGAAGCUGGCCGAGCAGCCGCUGGCCCCCAAAGCCAUCCUGCGCCUGCCGGAGACCGAGCUGGGCGAGUGCCCGCUGGGCGGCUGCAGCAUCUCGCACCUCAAGCAGCUGAUCACGGGCAAGCUGCAGGAAUCCAUGCCGGACCCCGAGCUCAUCGACCUGAUCUACUGUGGCCGGAAGCUGAGGGAUGACCAGACCCUGGAUUUUUAUGGAAUCCAGUCUGGCUCCACUGUCCAUGUCCUGCGCAAGUCCUGGCCUGAGCCUGACCAGAAACCAGAGCCCGUGGAUAAGGUGGCGGCAGUCCGGGAAUUCCGUGUGCUGCACACUGCCCUGCACAGCAGCCCUGCCUACAGAGAUGCUGUCUUCAAGAUGCUGGGAAACAAGGAAUCCCUGGAUCAGAUCAUUGUAGCUACUCCUGGCCUCAGCAGCGACCCUGUGGCCCUGGGAGUUCUGCAGGACAAGGAUCUGUUCUCCGUGUUUGCAGACCCCAACAUGCUGGACACGCUGAUCCCGGCUCACCCUGCCCUGGUGAACGCCAUCGUGCUGGUGCUGCACUCGGUGGCGGGCAGCACCCCCGUGCCAGCCCCGGACACGUCCUCGCGGGCCAUGGCCUUGGGCUCCUACCGGGACAUGCCAGGUGGCUUUCUCUUUGAGGGGCUCUCUGAUGAUGAAGAUGACUUCCACCAGAGCACGAGGUCCACCCCUUCCAGCAGCACGUCCGGCUCGCGCCCGGCCUCGCUGGGCUACGCGGGGGCGGCGGGACCCCGGCCCAUCACCCAGAGCGAGCUGGCCACCGCCCUGGCCCUGGCCAGCACCCCCGAGAGCAGCUCCCACACACCCACCCCGGGCACACAGGGCCACUCGUCCGGGACGUCCCCGAUGUCAUCCAGUGUGCAGUCAGGGACACCCAUCACCAAUGACCUGUUCAGCCAGGCCCUCCAGCACGCCCUGCAGGCCUCGGGGCAGCCCAGCCUCCAGCAGAGCCAGUGGCAGCCCCAGCUGCAGCAGCUGCGAGACAUGGGGAUCCACGACGACGAGCUGAGCCUGCGGGCCCUGCAGGCCACGGGAGGGGACAUCCAGGCUGCCCUGGAGCUCAUCUUUGCUGGGGGAGCCCCCUAAAUCUCCUGCUGGACCGGACUCAGCUCGGAGAAGGGAAGAGGUGGCUCGGUGCUGGAGACGUGGCCCCUCCGGUUGUGCAGUGUUUCACCUGUCACCACCCUCUGCCUGUUGUUUCAUUGCCUGGAUUAAAGGGACCCUGCUCAGUUCCCUGCCUGCUGUGUGGGUCGUGCUCUGUCCUGGCUUGUGUUGCGCAUCCCAGCAGGGCAGGAAGGAGAAGCGUUGCUGGCCAGGGGUCUGUGUACGGAUGACAAAUGGGACAGGACUGCUGUGGGACGUGGCUCGAGCUGUUUGUUUUCCAGCAUCACUCUCAUUACAUGGUUCUGACAAUGGGAAGAUGCCAGCAGCUCACAUCCCUGGCAGCAGACAAAGAACUCAGUGUUACAGCUCACUUGAGAAGUUUUGACUAAUCACACAAAGCAAAAGCAUAUUGACAUGAUCCAGCCAAGCACUAUAAGCACACAUACCUUUGAUUAAAACAAUGCUUGCUUAUUUCAAAUACAA